UGCAGCUGGCUAAGGGUGCAAUUUCCUCACCCACCAUGCCCCGCUGCUCCCUGGCCCCUCCCCUAGCGCCCUAGCUUGACCUGAGGUGCUGGCGAGGAGCUCACCAUGGCCUCACGGGUGGCCUGCUUUCUGUCGCUGACCCUGCUGCUGGGUGUGCUCCCUGGGCUCCAGGGUUCUGGAUCUAUCAAAAUAUCGUCAAAGGAGUCGGCCGUCCAGCUUGGCCAGAAGGUGGAGCUGGCAUGUGAGGUGCAGAUAUCCACCUCGCAGGGAUGCUCUUGGCUCUUCCAGGAUGGCAGCUCUGAACCCCCUAAACUCAAGUUCAUCGCCUACGUCUCUUCGAUGGGCCAGCCCAAAGGCAUUGAUAAGCAGGACGCGAAAUACUUCUCUGCCAAGAAGACUGGCGACAAGUACAUCCUCACCGUGAGCGGGUUCAGCAAGAAACAGGAAGGCUACUAUUUCUGCAGCUCCAUCAGCAACGCGGUUGUGUACUUCAGCCGUCUCCUGCCGGUCUUCCUGUCAGAGCCGCGCACCUCUCCGGCGCCGACAACACCCCCGCCAGUUCCCCCUACAGAGACACCCCGGCCCCUGCGACCAGAAGCCUGCCGGCCCGGGGCGAGUGGCCCAGCGGAGCGGAAGGGACUGGACUUCGCCUGUGAUAUCUACAUCUGGGCACCCCUGGCCGGGCUCUGCGGGGUCCUUCUGCUGUCCCUGGUCACCACUCUCAUCUGCUACCACAGGAACCGAAGGCGCGUUUGCAAAUGUCCCAAGCCCCUGGUCAGACAGGGAGACAAGUCCAGACCUUCAGAGAAAUUUGUGUAAAAUGGCGCCAGGAAGCCACAACUACUACAUGACUUCAGAGAUCUCUUCUUGCAAGAGAUCAAGCCCUCUUUUUUCAGUAUUUCUGCCUUCUUCUAUACUGUUCUCUGUAUUAUCUUAGUGGGGGUGAGGUGGGGACAGUCCUUUUUCUGUAUGAAUUCACUUUGACACAAAACUAUAUAAUGCCUACAAGACACCACAAGGGUGGCAGCACUUGUCACGGGAGCACCACAGAGUAAAGAGCAGACAGUAACACCCAAGCUAGUUCUGUUCUUAGGGUCAGUGGAGCUGGAGGCCUCAGCACCCACUUGAUGAUCUAAAUCCCCUGUCUGCCCAUCAGAUGGAAAAGACUCAAGGUCAGAGGUGGGACCUGCAGGAUCUGUAGGCCAGGAGGGAACCCAAGCUGGAGGAGCCCCCAAUGGCUGGUGCAGGGAGCUUGCCUCCACCCACUGAGUUCAGGGAUGUGCCUGAUCGGUGAGCCUGUAGCAGUGUGCCUGUGGUGUGCUUUUGCCUCAUACCACAAGGGAGGGAGCAGUGUGCACCUGUGAUCUGCUCAGCACUGGCUGGGAACGUGGGACCCAACAUAGCUAAGCCAGGAGAACUGCCUUUCCCAGUGCAACUGAGCACCAGCGCUCCUUGCAAGGAAAUGGGAGAUGGCAGGCAAUCCAAACUCCCCCAAGUGGAUGGCUAUGGGAAAUCCUGGGAACCACCUUCCUCUGCACAAAUCGCUGAAGAUCAUGGCUGUGAACCUCCUGAGAAGCUAUGUUUCUCUCAGCCCUUGCACGGCAGAGGGUGAGAUCUGACAAAUACAGCAUCAGGGAAGCUGUAGAUAGGCCCUCACCCGUUUUUAAACAUGUAGACUAGGCUGUGCUCGUGGGGUCACCAGAACGGUGGGUUCAAUCCCUACCAGGGUUCAUUUUAUAAAACAUGAAAUCCUUGGAGAGCAUUCCUUAGCAUCCUCCUGGAAGGCAGAUGUGAGGAUGAGGCAGAACAGAUGUGGGAGAAAGGCUGACCCUCAGCACUGCUGCCCCGCUGUGAAGUUCCUUACAGUACCACAUAAGCAACAGAAGCCACGGAAUAAAGAGCCUGAAGGAACUAAGUCACCCAUGAUCUACAGUCUAGCUGCUGUUAUUGUGUACCUGGUUAUUUCCUGUGCAUAUGUAUGUAAGAAAGGUAUACCCCCUGGGGUUUACGAUGGGAUUGUACAACACUCUUCAUAAGUGGAUUUAGCAAAUAAACAUUUAUAACAUCGUUUAA